AUGUCGUGCACACGAGGCGAGGUCAAGGACGGUCGCGGGUUGAGGGUGCUGCAGGCGGGAGCGGCUGGAGAAGGUGGUGGAGUCACACGGCUCGACGGAAGCAGGGGCAGCGGAGCCUGCGCAUCGGGCGGCGUCGCUGGACGAGGAGGAGGCUGCGGCCUCGCGAUUUUCGGCGGCGGGGCACCGGGCAGCAUGCAGGACCACGGCGAGGACGCGAGGGAGAGGGGCGGCGCAAGGCGGCGGUGCUCGUUGGUGCUGGUCGCCGGAGCAAGCGGCGGCGAGGAGGUGGUCGGGUGUGGGGGUCUCACAGUGGAGGCGGCGAGGGGAUCGGGCGCAGGGAGCUCCUCUCCCUGGCUCGAUACGAGCGUGUGA